ACCUACUACUGCUGGCUCAAACACACUUCACUGGUCCUUACCAAACUUGGUAGUAAGAAUUGGAACACUAAAAGACAAAUUCAUCGGUUUGGAGCAGGAGUCUGGUAGCAUCUGUCCUCGGUGGCUUUUUGCCUGAUACAUGGUUUAUAUCUGUCCGUGAAACCAAGCUUUUUGGAGGCAUAAACAAUCUUGGUAUAUAAGUGGUGAAAGGUAUUAUUGAUAAAGCUUAUUUGAUAACAGCACAACCUUAAAGAGAAGUGAACAACUUUUGAAAUUGUCCAAGUUCGACAGAGAUUCCUUGUGAGGUCGACAGGAUAUGUGUACAUAUCGUCAAACAGUGUGGUCAUUGGACUGCAGCAGGAGUACUGAGUGACAGGAAAGCUUGUGCUACUACAGAGGAUAAGUUGGUACAGACUGAAGACCAGGGAUUACUUACCUCCUUUGUAUUUCUUGGAUUUUACAACCAAUUUGUGGUCAGAUUACUUACGACACUCUACAUUUUACCGAUCACAGGACAAACGUUGUGUAUAGUGCCUUUUAAAUUACCAAAAUUUCGUUUUCAAUUUUCUUCAAAGACAAUUUUUCCUGUGGUAUGAAUUUCUUACGGAGAAGGUUUAGUUCUGGGGACCUACAGGGCGAACUGAAAGAUGAAAAUUCUAGUAUACUCACUUUCAAAAAGGGGCCGUCCCCUAGCGCCCCCAACUCCCCAUCAAAGUCUAUGUCAGGAGCAGGAAUCCCGAGGGCCCCGGUAUCCAACAACAAACCGGCAUACAACAAGGACAGAUGUAAAACACUGCUCGUCGUUGACGACCAUCACACUGACUGGUCAAAAUAUUUUCGAGGGAGAAAGAUUUUUGGUGACUGGGAUAUAAGAGUAGAACAGGCAGAAUUUUCAGAGCUAAAUUUGGCUUCCUAUACUGACACAGGAACAAUGGUGGACAUCCAGAUACUGAGGAAUGGUACAAAGGUGGUGAGAUCAUUCAAACCUGAUUUCCUGCUCAUACGACAAAAUGUGAGGGACGCCACGGAGGACUGGAAGAACUUGCUCAUCGGAUUUCAAUAUGGCGGUAUUCCUAGCGUCAACUCUCUCCAUUCUAUCUACAACUUCCAGGAUCGGCCGUGGGUGUUCUCUCAAUUGAUCAAAAUCCAGAAGAAGCUAGGUCGUGACAACUUCCCGCUGAUCGAGCAGGCCUAUUACCCAAACCACAAGGAAAUGGUGCUCACUCCGAAGUUCCCUGUGGUAGUCAAGUUAGGUCACGCUCAUUCUGGUGUAGGAAAAGUGAAGGUAGAAAGUUUUGAAUUGUUCCAUGAAUUAGCGGGUGUGUUAUCGCUCACCCGUCUGUAUGCUUCCUCAGAGACCUUCAUAGAUAGCCGAUACGACCUGCAUUUGCAGAAAAUUGGAAAUAAUUAUAGGGCUUUUAUGAGGAAAUCUAUAUCAGGAAAUUGGAAAGCAAACACUGGAUCAGCAAUGUUAGAACAAAUCGCAAUGAAUGACAGGUUUAAGUUAUGGGUGGAUGAGUGCAGUCUGAUGUUCGGUGGACUAGACGUACUCGCUGUGGAGGCUGUACAAGGCAAGGAUGGAAAGGAGUAUAUUAUUGAGGUGAAUGAUUCCUCUAUGACAUUACUGGGAGAGAGCCAGGAGGAAGACAGACGCCAAGUUGCUGACCUUGUUAUGGCUAAAAUGCAGCACUGCCUUAAACCGGUCGCUUCCAUUAGUCGGACAUUUAGCUCCGGUGCUGUCAUGCACUAUGCUACAAUGAAUGGCAGUAAGCAGGAUGUGCCUGCCCCAACUCAGCCCCCUACCCGGCCCCCACAGCCCCAAGGGCAGGGCCAGCCUCGGCCCCAGGGGGGUCAGCCUCCUUCUCAGCAGCAACAGACCCCACACUCACAACCCCAGCCUCAUCAACAGCAUCCUCAGCAUCCACAACAGCCAGGGGCAAGGUCUUCCCAGCUACAGAAUCCCUCAAACCCUAACCAGCCGACAAACCCGAACCAGGCGGUAAACCCGAACCUGUCUAACAAACAGCAGCCUGACGGGGUCCCUCCCGGUAAUCGCGUUCCUGGCCAGAGGAGCUCAGAAGAUGAGGACACCAUGAAAAACUUACGUAGAACGUUUGCUGGAAUAUUCGGAGACAUGUAGAGGAUCACCAGCAUCAUAACAUCGACAGUAUCAUAAUACUGGACAACAAUACAUCAUCCUACCCCCGACAUCUGUGGGGGACUGUCCUUAUAUCAGAGACUGAUCUCUAGAGAUUGAUGGUGCCACACUACUUAUAGGGGUGGAUUAUAGAGUAUAUAUGGUAUAACACUACUUAUAGGGGUGGAUUAUAGAGUAUAUAUGGAACUACACUACUUAUAGGGGUGGAUUAUAGAGUAUAUAUUGUACUACACUACUUAUAGGGGUGGAUUAUAGAGUAUAUAUGGUACUACACUACUUACAGGGGUGGAUUAUAGAGUAUAUAUGGUAUAACACUACUUAUAGGGGUGGAUUAUAGAGUAUAUAUGUUACUACACUAAUCAUAGGGCUAGUUUAUAGAUUAUUUAUGGUACCAUACUAUUUAGAGGACACUAGUUUUUAGGGAUGAUUAAGUGAUUAUUUAUGGUACCAUACUAUAUGGAUCUAUGAACACCUAUGGUACGACAAUAAGUAUUAUUGACAGCAGUAAUUUAACUAGGUCAACAUUAGUUAAACCUCCAAAACAACUGCUGAUGUCAAGGUUAUCUUGAAAAGGUCAAGGUCAUUAGUUAAUACUGGUUCUACUGUUAGAUACAAGUUACUUUCAAAUAUAAAUACAUCAUUAGCACCAGAAUUAUAUUUCUGGAGACAGACUUGUGACGUGCAAUAUUUCUUUAAGUGUAUUGGGGUAGGGUAGCUGUAUAGUUGUAUAUAGAUGUUCAUAUAGAUCUCAUAGGCUGCCUCUACAUUGUACAGGGUUAUUUUAUGUAUAUCAUUUACACCAUUCAUUUGUUUAUAGGCAAGUAGUCAUUUUUAUAUAACAUAUUCUUAGGGUUGUACAUGGGUUUAAUUUAGUGAUAAGAUGCUGUGUUUUGAUGUGAUAUUAUAAUGAAUCAUAAUAAUUUUCAGCAUAUUGUUACUGUAAAUAGUCAGUAGAUUUAAGACAAUUGAAUUUGUCUCCCCUUAUUCAUAUUAUAUAUGAACACCCUAGUAAGCUCCCCUGAUUCUAAAGUGAAUACAUUUCCACAGUUCACUUAAACAUGUCACAAAUAAUUCUGUUUUUAUUCAAACAUUUGAAAAUCAAAUUUUGUUUACUUGUUUAUACUGCAAUAUUUAUGUUUUUUGAACAAUCGUUUGUAAGAUAGUCACAAAUUAAAAGAUACAAGUGCCAUAUUUUGUAAGAUCUUACAUUUUCUUUUAACAUUCCAUUUGUUUGUUAUGAAUUGGUAUUUCUUUUAUUGUUACUGUUUUAAAUUUGUUUAUCAUAAUCAUUAUCAAUUAGACACAGUGAAACCUCUAUACAAUCGUACCAAUAAUUAAACACAGUGAAACCUCUAUUCAAUCGUUCCCAUAAUUAAACACAGUGAAACCCCUAUACAAUCAUACCCAUAACUAGACACAGUGAAACCUCUAUACAAGCGUACCACUAAUUAAACAC